AUCCCGUUUUGAUCGACUCGCGGACUCGCAGGAGAUCCAAACUUUCGAAUUUCGGUCGAUUCGAGGGCCGCAGCGAGCCGAUUCGGCGGCAUUUUGAUGCGUUUUCGGCGGGAGUAGCAGCGCAGCAGCACGAUGCCCAAGGAGAACGCGUCCAAAGUGUUCCGCCUCAAGUGGGACAACCACCUGCAGAACCUGAGCUGCCUGUUCGACGCGCUGCUCGAGGAGCAGAAGUUCGUGGACGUGACCCUGUGCUGCGACGGCGGCAUGCUCAGGGCGCACAAGGUCAUCCUGUCCUCGUGCAGCCCCUUCUUCGACGUGCUGCUGAGGGAGCACCCGGCCAACAACCCCAUCAUCGUGAUGAACGACGUGCCCGUCGCCGAGAUGAAGAAGGUGCUCGAGUACAUGUACAAAGGCGAGCUGAACGUCGUGCAGGACGAGAUCGAGUCGUUCGUCGAGACGGCCACCAUGCUCGCCGUGCGCGGACUGUCCGACAAGCUGCUCAGCAAGGGCAAGCCGGACUCCAGCGUCGACCUCGAGGAACCCGUGGACUACGAGCCGGACGUCGAGGACAUGGACGACAAGGACGACGACACGCCGCCAGGACUGGAACUCUUCUCAAACGACGACUUGAACGGACUGGAAAUUCUGCCCAUACCCAACUCGUACGCCAGCUCCAGCCUGAGCACGGAUUCCAAGGACUCGACUUCGAAUAACCUCCUCGUUUCAUUGUUACAGGGUAAUCCGGACGUGACGCUAUCGAAAAAGCCCUCAUCUCACAAAUCGAUUAAUAUGAAGCCCUCGGACGUUUUGUCCACCUCGAUGAUUGAGCAACUGAUGGUGGACGUGAAACCUGAACCCUUCGGACUGGACACUACGGCAGACUUAUUAGGAUUCCAAGCACUGCAUCACUUAGACGGACCGUUUGAUGACGACGAUGACCCGGCGAAUAUAUCACUGGACCAGGACGUGAAGAUCAUGCAACCGCAGCAGGACUCAUCCUCAGAGUUCCGGCCGUUCAAGUGCGACUUUUGCCACCUGGCGUUCUUCAGGUCGGCGCACCUGAAGCGGCACCGGCGGCUGCACACGGGCGAGAAGCCGUACGAGUGCGAGUUGUGCGGCAAGAGCUUCGCGCGCCAGGACAAACUGAAGCAGCACGUUUUGCGGCAUGGCCCGACCGGCGCCGCCGUGCUGCAAAACAAAAUCGCGGCCAAACUCAAAGUACCUGCAGCCAGCUCAUCGGUGCGGCCAGUGCGCAGCAUCGCCCCCAGACCCUCCUCCGACGGCGGCUUCCUCGCCGCGCCGGGCUCUUCCUCCUCCUCGGCGGCGGCGGCGGUGGCAGGGCAGCCGCAGGCCGCGACCGAAAGACUGCUCAGGUCGGUGCAGGACCUCGGCGAGUGCACCAUCCAGCCUUGCCCGCCGCAGGCCCGCCAGUGACUCGGAACGCGUAGUGCGUGUUAAUAGACUUUGACGACUGUUUUUUGGGCCCUCCGACCAAAUUCAACCAGCUGUCCUGAUUUUUCGAUUUAUUUAUUUUUUUUUUAGUCCAAGGCUGAAUUUUGUUCCCACCUGAUGGUCAGUGAAUGAUUUUGUUCCUGUCAAUUUCAUAAUUUUUCUGCAAUAGAAGUAAAUUACUUACGUAAAUAAAAUUUAAUUAUUUUAAAUUCUUUAAAAAAUGCUUAAGCAAAAGGGCUUACAAUUAGUGGCCAAAGCCGCCGAAAAAUGGCGCCUGAGGUUAAUUUUUAUUUAAGGGCGCCUUUGCUGCGAUUUAAAAGUCGAUCCCUCACUCGUUUAAAUAAUUUUUUUUUAUUUUCUGAACAUUAAAAGAAAUAAUUUUAUAAUUAUUUCAAGGACUAAAUGCGCAGCAGCAGAAUUGAGUCUGGAAUUGCUGGGGAAUUACCUUUAAAUUUAAAUAAACCGCUGGUGCCUUCUUUCGGGGGCUCCGAACACUCUUUUUGAAUCCACCAAUUGAUGGCGCCAGUGGUAUCUUUCGAUUUUAAUUAGCUUUCCGCUGUGAUUUAAGACUCAAUCCUGCUGCCGUGCUUUCUCCUUCAAGAAUUAUUUCUUUAGACGUGCUGAAAACAAAAAUUCAGUCCAGCCAUUCGCUGUAGAAAAGUUGGAAAAGAUAAUUUUAUAUCAAAAAAUAGUUUUUCACGAUUCUACGGCGAUUGGCUCAACCGAUUUUGGUUUUCGGCACGUCUAAAGAACACUUAGUAAGUGAAGAAUGCACAGUAGCUAAGACUGAGAGUGAAAUCGCAGCGGAAGUACCUUAAAAUUAAAUUUAUUACGAACUUAAAUGAUGGCGCCAUCUGUUGGUGGCUUCAAACACGAUUAGGCUUUCUCAAUUGGUGAUUUUUUAUAAUUUAUUUUUUCAACCUACUGUCUUCUGUGACCAGUGGCCAAAUUUAAAAAUAAAAAAUACCAACAAACCCAGGAAAAAAGUUCCCUUCAAAAACCUGAAAUAUUUAUUUAUUUAUUUAUUUUGUAACUUUCGGUUAAAUUAAAUUACCUGGUCUCCUUUGCGUUAGAAGGCAGGAUUAAAUCUGAAAAUGGGCGGUGGUUACAUUUGAAAAGCUCUGA